AAUUAUUUCGACCAGUCAGUAUCCAGAUUGUCAUCAGUGUCCUUGAACGACAUUGUUCAUUAUUCAUACAGCUAAUUUUCAUUGCUGGUGCUGAUAAAAAAAUGACUCUCUCAUCCGAUCGAUUACAGCUGCUACAUGAACGACAUCUGGAGUUCUUAAUCAAAUUCCGCACGCAACUGCUGAAUCACCCAUGCUUUGGAGAUACGACGGAAGUAGAUGGGUUGAUUUCUCAGCUGCACAGUGAGCUGGAAAAUGAUUGCAGCCUCCAUGAAUCCUCGACAAAUCGUAUUUCAAACGACACAGCAGCCAUUCAUGAUCCGCCCAGUGGUCCAGAAAUGUCCAAUUCAGAAGCAUGCCCUGUCGUGGGUUCAAAUCCCACUGUCUCCGAAACAUGUACAGACAGUGAGGUAUCCAGCUCACUCGAAGAUCCCCUCGUUUUGCCAGAAAAUAUGUCACAUGCAUCAAAUAAUAGCCAAGAACCUGGUACAGUUUUGUUGCACACUGAUUGUCCCAGUGAUCAACUAUCUACUAGUAAGAUUUUCAAGUAAUUCGAUGACAAUGUUCCAGAAGAUCCAAACUCUGAUGACUUCGAAUUGAAUGGCGUCUAUCCUCACUAUCUGGUCAGUCUUACUGGAUUCCCUGUUCAAUAUGUUUUAAAUGCAGUCAAAUUAAUUGUAAUUUGGGUUUAUGAGGACCCAACAUUAUUUCGCGGGGGAGGAUGGACGCGGAAAAUUAACAAAAUCCGGAUAUCAACUCCGGAUCUUCAAAAAAGGGAGGUGUUGGGAUAUUCAGAAAAUUAUCAUGUUAAGUCUAAUGGUGUUCUUAGACUUUAAACGGACAUUUCCUAUUGGUCAAUAUUUAUUUUACUUGUCAAAUAUUGUAAAAAUGUUGUUUUCUAUUUUAUGGUACGAUGUGAUCUGUUUGAUUGGUAUAUAAACAGAGUAUGUCUGAAAUAUGGUGAUUCAUAUCUCAGAGGCUGAGACUUGCGUUCUGGACUCAACUGGCUGGGAUAGACAGGGUAGCGGAGCAAUCAGAGCCCUAGGUCGUUCUUACGUGUCUCUUUGAAUCGAUCGAUCAUUCGCUAACCUCCAAUCUGCAGCAUUUCACGUUA